AUGCUAUUGGAUGUUUGUGGAACAAUCAAGGAUGUUUUGUCACAGAUGAAGCAAUCUUCCCAGGAUCUUCAGUCAUCUAUUAGAAGGCGAUCAAAUGAAUUUGAUGCAUACAUGACCUCUAGAAAGAAAGUCUGCAAAGUCAUUCAAAAAUGCCUUUCAGAUCUUAAGAAAAACACCAACAAGAACAAUGAUCUAGUCACUGACAUCCUAACAGAAGUUGAAGUUACUAUUCUUGCAGUUUUUGAAUCUGUCUUGUGUUUCCUAUCUGCACCAAAGCAAAGGUCACUAAUCUCAAAGUUGACCACCAAAACUGCAACCCAACAAGUUGUCAAUGAAGUAAACAAGGUCGAUGUCGCAUUAAAAUCCAAAGUCAUUGAAUCAAAAGAAAUGCAGAAGCCAUUGGCUUCUCUUGAAAUGAACCUUCAAGAACUUGAAGAUGGAUUAGAAUCCGUCUUUCGGUGUUUGAUCAAGAACCGAGUUUCACUUCUUAACAUUCUCAAACAAUAG